AUGAGAGGAGGAUUUGGUAAGCAUGAACGGAUGUGGGGAUCCGACGACGUCGAAAAGGGUGUCCUGAGCACCAGCACCCCGUCGUCCCCCACCGCUUCAUCGUCGGCGGCCGGGGAGGAGUUCGUCGAGGUCACCCUUGAUCUCCAAGACGAUGACACCAUCAUCGUCCGCAGCGUCGAGCCGGCCACCGGUAAUGUCGUCAUCGACAGCGACGUCACCCUGCUCACCGCGGCCGCUCUCGGCAUCGGAGGCGCGGAGACUCCGGCAAGCGGUUCCAAAUCUCCGGCGGCGACGUUGAUGAGGAGGACCGGCUCGUCGAACCGGCUGCUCCAGUUCUCUCAGGAGCUCAAAGCCGAAGCCGUGGCUAAGGCGAGGCAGUUCUCGCAGGAGCUCAAGGCCGAGCUGCGCCGGUUCUCGUGGAGCCACGGCGGGCAUGCGUCUCGUAACAACCUCGCUGCGGCUUGCGUCGCGAAAGCCGACGGCUUGGAAUCGGCUCUGGCGGCUCGAGCCAUGCGUCGGCAGAGAGCCCAGCUCGAUCGGACCCGUUCCGGAGCCGAGAAAGCUCUCCGGGGCCUCAAAUUCAUCAGCAACAACAGUAAAACCAAAGGAGCCGUCGACGGCUGGAAUGAAGUUCAGACCAAUUUCGAGCGGCUCGCCAAAGACGGUUAUCUUUACCGGUCCGAUUUCGCCGAAUGCAUAGGAAUGAAAGAUUCGAAGGAAUUCGCGUUGGAAGUGUUUGAUGCAUUGAGCAGAAGAAGGAGAUUGAGAGUUGAAAAGAUCAGUAGAGAUGAACUUUAUGAGUAUUGGUCACAGAUCACGGACGAGAGCUUUGAUUCGAGGCUGCAGUUAUUUUUUGACAUGGUGGACAAGAACGAUGAUGGUCGAAUUACUGAAGAGGAAGUCAAGGAGAUUAUUAUGUUAAGUGCUUCAGCCAAUAAAUUGUCGAGAUUGAAAGAACAGGCUGAGGAAUAUGCUGCUUUGAUUAUGGAAGAGUUAGAUCCUGAAAGGCUUGGCUACAUUGAGCUAUGGCAGCUGGAAACCCUACUACUCCAAAAAGACACGUACCUAAACUACAGUCAAGCCUUGAGCUUCACAAGCCAAGCAUUGAGCCAAAAUUUACAAGGGCUCAGAAAAAAGAGUCCAAUUAGGAGGAUGAGCACAAAGUUCGUUUAUUGGGUGCAAGAAAAUUGGAAAAGAAUUUGGGUUCUAACAUUGUGGAUUCUGAUCAUGGUUGGACUCUUCACUUGGAAGUUUUUCCAGUAUAAAGAAAGGGCUGCAUUUCGAGUCAUGGGUUACUGUGUCCUCACUGCAAAAGGUGCAGCCGAGACGCUGAAGUUCAACAUGGCUCUUAUUUUGUUGCCGGUGUGUAGGAAUACCAUUACUUGGUUGAGGUCCACCAGGCUCGGCUAUCUUGUGCCUUUUGAUGACAACAUCAACUUCCACAAGACCAUUGCUGCAGCUAUUAUAGUUGGUGUCAUACUUCAUGCUGGUAACCACCUUGCAUGCGACUUUCCUCGGCUCAUAGACUCAUCUGAUACAGCCUAUGAGUUGUAUCUAAUAAACGAUUUUGGUCAUCACAAGCCUAGUUAUAUGCAUCUAGUUCGAGGAGUCGAGGGGGUGACUGGAGUGCUAAUGGUGAUCUUCAUGGCAAUUGCUUUCAUUCUGGCAACAAGUUGGUUCAGACGAAACCUUGUUAAGUUGCCUAAGCCGUUUGAUAGGCUUACUGGAUUCAAUGCAUUUUGGUAUUCCCAUCACCUAUUCGUCAUUGUCUACAUAUUGCUCAUCGUUCAUGGCCUAUUCCUCUAUCUUGUACACAAAUGGUACCGAAAGACGACAUGGAUGUAUUUAGCUGUUCCUGUACUUCUAUAUGCAGGGGAAAGGAUCCUCAGAUUCUUCCGUUCUGGUUUCUACCCUGUCCGUCUUUUAAAGGUAGCAAUUUACCCUGGAAAUGUCCUGACAUUGCAUAUGUCUAAGCCUCCCCAAUUCCGAUAUAAGAGUGGGCAGUACAUGUUUGUCCAAUGCCCUGCAGUUUCUCCAUUUGAAUGGCAUCCCUUUUCAAUCACCUCUGCUCCCGGAGAUGAUUACCUCAGUAUUCAUAUCAGGCAGCUCGGGGACUGGACUCAGGAACUCAAAAGGGUGUUUGCCGAGGCCUGUGAACCACCAAUGGCUGGGAAAAGUGGAUUGCUUAGAGCAGAUGAGACAACCAAGAGAUGUUUGCCAAAGCUGUUGAUUGACGGACCAUAUGGAGCUCCAGCACAAGAUUAUAGGAAGUAUGAUGUGUUGUUAUUAGUUGGACUUGGGAUUGGAGCAACUCCUUUUAUCAGUAUCCUCAAAGAUUUACUCAACAAUAUCGUCAAAAUGGAAGAGCAGAAUGAUGCCAUGGCUGACUUCAGUUCGCAUUCAGAUCGUAGUUCUGGAUCGGGAACUCCCACGCUUAACAAGCACUCUCCAAAACGCAAGAAACCACUCAGGACAACUAAUGCUUACUUCUAUUGGGUAACCAGGGAACAAGGAUCAUUUGAUUGGUUUAAGGGGGUGAUGAAUGAAGUUGCUGACCUUGAUCAAAGGGGCGUUAUUGAGAUGCACAACUAUUUAACCAGCGUAUAUGAAGAAGGCGAUGCUCGUUCAGCGCUCAUUACUAUGGUUCAGGCACUUAAUCAUGCCAAAAAUGGAGUUGAUAUUGUAUCUGGAACCAGGGUUCGAACACACUUCGCAAAACCUAAUUGGAAGAAGGUGUUGUCCAAACUAUCCACCAAACAUGCUAAUGCUAGGAUUGGGGAGGAGGUGGCGGCGGCGGUGGUGGGGGACGGGAAAAGCGAGAGAAUUGGUGAAAUGAGGUUCGUGAAGAUGGACUGGGGAAGAUAA